AUGUACGACUUUUCGAGAAUGCAAAAAUUGGUGGAUAGAAUGUAAAAACUAUAGCCACCGUAGCCUCCUGCCGAUACAAGAUUCUUGCCUGAAGAAUUGAAGAAGGAGAAGGUCGUUGAGGAUCCAAAAGGAAUUGAAAAAAAAGCCAAAAGAUAACUCCUCAUUAAAAAUUAAAAGGGCUCAGGUGGUUUGAAACCUGUUGAAGAUGAAAGGUUAUUGCUCAUCCAAAAGGAGAAUUACUUAAAGAAAAAGCAAAGGGAAUUAGAGAUGGAACAAGUUAAAAAGGAAUUAGCAGAACAAAAAAAGUAAGAAAAGUAAAAAUUAGAAAUAGAAACUUAAAGAGCUUUAUAAUUUGUUAAAGGAAAAAAGGAGGUAUCAUAAGUAGAGAGAGAAGUAAAAAUUAAAAAAUAAAAUGACAAUGAAUUCUUAAAAAGAAAACAAAAGGUGAAUAAUUCAAUUUAGAUGUCUUCAAUUGAUGCAUCAUACGUAUCCCAAAGCUAAAAUCUAAAUAACUCUUUGAUCAAGAAAUAAAUCUUAGAUUACCACACACUCCCUAAAGAACAAUAUUAUCGCAUUUAUCGUUAACCAGCUGUAAGUCCCCCAAAAUGA